AUGAAUGUUCCAGUAAAGCCAAUCGACAGCUGGUCAAGAGGACUCAGAUUGCCUCGGAAACAGCGUCAGCAUGAAUCUUCCAGUAAAGCCAAUCGACAGCUGGUCAAGAGGAAUCUGCGAUUGCCUCGGAAACAGCGUCAGCAUGAAUCUUCCAGUAAAGCCAAUCGACAGCUGGUCAAGAGGAAUCCACCGUUGCCUCGGAAACAGCGUCAGCAUGAAUCUUCCAGUAAAGCCAAUCGACAGCUGGUCAAGAGGAAUCCGCAGUCCUCGGAAACAGCGUCAGCAUGA